CGAUAACAAAUGAAUAUUGUACAAAGUUCCUUUAUUCAAUUUUUAAAACUAGGUACUAUCCCAAACCACGUCGGUGUGAUUAUGGAUGGUAAUCGGUAUUUUAUAGGUUAGAUGUAGACGAUAUGCUAAGCAAAGGAGAAUAGAGUCAACUGAAGGUCAUAUCUAAGGAUAUCAAUCUUUCUUAAAUUUACUACAAUGGAGUUAAAAACUAGGAAUCAGAGAAAUUAGUGUGUUUGCUUUCAGCAUUGAGAAUUAUAAUAGAUAAAAGGAAGAAGUACAAUUUCUAAUGCAAUUAAUGAAAUAAAAAAUACAUCAUUUGCAACAUGAUCUCAAUUUUAUAGACAAAAACCAAGUUAAAUUUAAAUGCUGUGGCGACCUCGAUUAAUUAUAAGAUCAAGAACUAAAAUAAAAACUCUAAGAACUUGAAAAUUAUAGUUCUAAAUAUUCUUAAUACAAGUAAGCAUGCAACAUAAUUAUCUAUAGACUUAACCUUUGCUUCUCUUAUAAUUUCACAAAUGAAUUAGACAAAGCAAUAUAAUCAAUGCCUAAAGGCUUAUCUAAAAAUGAUUUUUUUUAGAGCUUAAAUUCUCAUUUAAUGGUAUUAAACUCCCCUGAUAUUCUCUUAAGAACAUCUGGAGAAACAAGACUGAGCAAUUUCUUACUCUAUUAAAUAAGAGAAAAAACAGUAAUCCACUUUAUAGAAAAGAAAUGGCCAGAACUAUCAUUUCUAGAUUUUUGUAAUAUGAUUUUAUUCUAUAGAAAAAAUAAAAUUUGA